CAGUCGUCCUACAAGCAUCCAAGUGACAAUAUCUCCGAGUCAAGUUGUAAAUUACUAAACAAAUACCAAAAUGUUCCGCAUUAUCGCUGUUAUCUUCGCCCUGGUUGCAAUGGCUUUUGCUGCUCCUGGCUACAUUGAGCCCUCCUACGGAGUUGUUCCUGUGGCCCACGUGGUGCCCGUGGUCAAAUCUGUUCCGGUGGUGAAACAUGUUCCGGUGGUGCAGCACGUUCCGGUGGUGAAGCAUGUCCCAGUGGUCCAGCAUGUUCCUGUGCUGAAGUCCUACGCUGUUCCCACCUACGGACACCACAUCUACCAUGGUUAAAUUUUGGUAAAAGCUCAAUCGAUAUCGCACCGGAAUAAAUAAAAUGUUUAUGUU